AUGGACGAUGGCGACUUCCUCCACGCCAUCAACGGCGACUGGGACGCCAUGUUGUCGCUCUUGCGGGCCGCCCGCCACGUCGCCCAGCGCACGGACGCCAGCGGUAUGACGAUCCUCCACUGGGUCUGUCUCCAUCAAGACGCGCCCACGGACGUUGUGGUGCAAGUGCUGUUUGCGAACCCGUACGCUGUGCACGUGCGGAACGACGCGGGCCAUUUGCCAAUGGACUUAGCGGUGCAGGCCGAGUGCAGCGACCGGACGCUCGAAGUGUUGCGGGCGGCGGCCAAUGGCAGUCGACGGCCGAAAGACGACGACGACGACGACGACGACAGUAUAACGGCUACUGCUAUGACUAAACGGGAGUAUCGCUAUCGUCCCGCCGUGCGGUCGAGCAAAGCCGAGCGAACCGACGACGUCCAUCGGGGUACGAUCGAGUACCCCGACGUCCACAGGGGUACGAUUGAGUACCCCCUGUCGUUCGGGCACCACCAGCAGCUCCACGAUGACGACGAUGGGGACGACGAUGAUAGUCGAAGGGGUUCGGAGUAUCAGCCGCAUCAGAAUCAGACGUACUUUGGUGAACACGAUGAUGACGAUGAGGAGGAUGUGGAGGAAGAAGAUGAAGAUGAACGGGCGUACCAGCAACGGCACUGUCGCUAUCAGUCACGACCGGUGCAGCAGCAGCAGCAGCAGUCGCUUUUGCGCAAAGGUCGACGACUCGAACGCAGUGUCUCGGACCACGAACCGCUGCUGUUUGAGCCAGUGCCGGCGCCGUACCAUAGCACGAGCAUGUACGGCGGCUUCGUGUUCGAUACGGACCGCGCGCGGGGGUACACGCUGUCCCAGAGCGAUCCCCACGUCAAGUCGUUGCUGACGGAGCAGCGCCUGCGCGAGCGCGAGAACGAUUUGAUUUCCAUUGCCACGGCCGAAGACGCUGUGCCACUGGGGCUGUUUGACCCGUCGAAGCGCAAAGGACCGCCCGAGACGACGCUGUUGUCGACGUUUCUCGUCCAGGACGACGCGACGGCGACUCGCGGCACGGGCAAUAUAAGCUCACGGAGUCUAGGAGCAGGUCCGCGCAGCAAGAUGGCGUUCCCGCCGCGAUGGAAGCAGUCGCGCAUGUGCCACGUCUGUGCCUGUGGCUUCAGUCUCGUCAAGCGGCGCCACCAUUGCCGGAAUUGCGGCCAGAGCGUGUGCAGCCAGCACUCGAUCAACCGCGUGUCGCUGCCCAAGUUUGCGCUCUCGGAGCCCCAGCGCGUGUGCGACCAGUGCUUCUUGAGCGGCCACCACAUUAUGGGCUCGGACCAAACGGGGACGCCGUCGAUCGCAGGGUCCCAUCAGUCGUUGCCGGCGCAGCUGCAGCGAGAGGAGCUGCAGCACGCGUUCCACGCGUCGCAACCGUAUCAGAUGCGCAACUCGGGUCGAUAG